GCUUACAGCUUACACCCGCGGAUCUGGUUAAGAAAAAUGGCGUCGGGCGACGCGAAUGAAAGGCUUUGUGAUGGUUUUAUUAAGAUGUAGAUGAACGAAGAGAAAAUGCACGCACGAAUAGAAAUACAUCACUGACGAAAGUCUCAAACCGCACGAAAUCAUGAGGAGGGUGUCUGUUUCUGUUCUUAUACUAAGCAUAUUACACAUUAGUUAUAAUCAUGCUCAAAGCGACAGGAAUAAAUUGCAAAUCUCACGCGUCAUCGACGAGUCCUACUCGCAGAUACACUCCGGCGUGCAGGAACAAGCCGGGCAGAAUCUUACUCUGAGCUGUGACCUCUUCAGUGCUGAUAAUACAGCCUACGAUGAACAGAUUGCAUGGGGCAAAGCCACACAGAGCUUCAAGUUUAAGAAUGAAAGUGAUUUGGAGACUUUAGCUAAGAAGAAGUCAAGUCAAAUGUUUGCAUAUUUCAAUAAUGCACUGCCAGCCACACAGGAAGUGAAUAGAGCUGUUAAAACAUUCGCGCCGCUUCGAGAGGAAGACGCCGGCACGUAUUUCUGCGGCAGCAUGAAGUACAUGAUCUUUGAGAUUGUCUAUGUUGUGGUCAAACCAAAAUUGGCAAUCAAGAGUGAAGCCGGGAGUAAUUGGUAUGCGGGACGUAAGAGGACCAAUUUAUACUGCAAUGAGUUAAUGUUUAAGUGUAAAUCUGGAGGAGCAUGCAUAAGUCCCCAUUACGUCUGCGACAAAAAACCCGACUGCAGUGAUGGUUCCGAUGAAAGCCUCGAAACCUGCAAAGGCGACCCAUGCGUCGAUAAACUCCAAUGCGACAACGGCCGCUGCAUACCAACCGCGUGGUGCUGCGACCGCCACCUGGACUUAAACUGCAGCGUCUCCUACCCGCCGCCAUGUUGUCAAAUCCUCUCCGAUGGCUACGAAGAACCAGAAAGCUACGUGCCUUACAAUAUGACUCAACCCGUUCGCCAAAACGGCAGCCGCUACAUUUUCAUCACUCUCUGCAUACUAGCCACGUUCUUUUCGAUGCUAUUACUACUGCUGAUACUCAGUAAAAUAUUCAUGAUGGCGAAGAAAGCGCGGUGUAGAGAAGCGCGCAUUGAACAAUUAUAUCUCGACGAUUGUAAUCAUCGCAUUCAAUGCCGGAGUCACGCGUCCAUCGUGCGGAAUUAUAACUAUCGCGCGAGGAUUGUGUGUCAGGUGGAUACGACGGAGGUGAAUGAUGCGCUGCUGGUGCUGAGCGAUGAUAUCUUAAGGCGUGGCAGUGAGCAGAACGCGAAUACGAAUACAGCAAGAGAUAGGGAGAGGGAUGAGUGUCCGCCGAGUUAUACGGACGUGAUGAGUCUCGAGCCGCCGCCGCCGUACACGAGCCAAGACUGUCUGAAUCGCAAUUGAUGUACUUGAAUAAGUUCUGACUUAUAUUGACUUAUAAGUAUACUUAACUUUAGUUGUAAGUGUAUUGAAAUGAAUUGAAAUCCCUACGUACUAAAUUUCCAGUAUUAUAUGGAUUUUAUUAAUAAAACAUUAGUUUUAAAUCA